UCACCCAGAAUGCCUCGCUGCCGUCGUAAACAUAGACCUGUCAAACAACACAAACGCCAUCUUGACAGCACCCUCAAAAUGGCAGAAAGAUGUGAGCUAGAAACCGAGUCCAAACUAUGAUUCCUGCCCUCUGGUAUUCAAAAACAGACGCGACAGUUUUUCCAUAAACGAGUGGUUAUGGGGUUGGUGUCCAGCACGGCAGCUCAGAGCCUGUAAAAUGGACAUAACGACGGCGGUUUUCAACGCGGCCAGAGAUGGUAAGCUGAAACUUAUCCAGAAGUUGCUGAGCAACAAAACUCCUGAGGAGCUGGAGGCUUUAGCCGAGGAGAAAACACAAGGAGGCACUCCUCUGUUGAUAGCCUCUCGUUACGGACAUUUAGAGGUUGUAGAUUACCUCCUUGAACAUUGUAAAGCAAAUGUUGAACUCGGGGGGGCGGUUAACUUUGACGGCGAGACCAUCGAGGGGGCUCCGCCGCUGUGGGCGGCGUCGGCGGCCGGUCACCUCCCCGUGGUCAAGACGCUACUAAAACACGGUGCCUCAGUCAACAACGCAACACUAACUAACUCAACGCCGCUGCGAGCAGCCUGCUUUGAUGGCCACCUGGAAAUCGUACGCUACCUGGUGGAGCACAGAGCCGACAUGGAGGUAGCAAACCGACACGGCCACACCUGCCUCAUGAUCUCCUGUUACAAGGGCCACAAGGAGAUAGCCAAGUUCCUCCUGGACCGCGGUGCUGAUGUGAACCGCAAGAGUGUGAAAGGAAACACCGCCCUCCACGACUGUGCUGAGUCAGGCAGCCUGGACAUCAUGAAGAUGCUGCUGAAGUGCAAUGCUCGGAUGGAGAGAGAUGGAUAUGGGAUGACCCCGCUCCUCGCUGCGAGUGUCACAGGUCACACUAACAUUGUAGAGUACCUCGCCCACCAGCCUCGCACCUCCAGAGAGGAGCGAAUCGACGCGCUUGAACUCCUCGGGGCGACUUUUGUGGACAAAAAGCGGGAUCUCUUGGGGGCGAUGAGGUACUGGAGAAGAGCCAUGGAGCUGAGGCAACCAGGGGACAAAACUGGGUCCCUGGCCAAGCCUCCACCUGGUCCCCCUAUCCCCGCCUAUGGCUGUGCACAGGAGGUGAGCACUGCAGAGGAACUGGAAGCUUUGAUCACAGACCCUGAUGAAAUGAGGAUGCAGGCCUUGUUGGUACGAGAACGCAUCCUAGGGCCAUCCCACCCGGACACCUCUUAUUACAUCCGCUACAGGGGAGCUGUGUAUGCCGACUCGGGCAACUUUGAACGCUGCAUCAGCCUUUGGAAAUACGCUUUAGACAUGCAGCAGAGCAACCUGGACCCUCUCAGCCCCAUGACAGCCUCCAGUUUCCUGUCCUUUGCAGAGCUCUUCUCUUUUGUUCUCCAAGACCGGGCCAAAGGCACCCUGUCGACGCGCAUCACCUUCCACGAUCUGAUGACUGUGCUGGGGAAAAGCGUGAGGGAGGUCGAAAGAGCUGUGGCGCAGAGGGACAACCCACCGGAAGCUCCUCAGUUCACCAAAGCUCUCUCCAUCAUCCUGCACCUCAUCUUCCUGCUGGAGAAGCUGGAGUGCAGCCCAGAGCAGGAGCACCAGAAGAAGCACACAGUGUACCGUCUGCUUAAGCUCAACCCGCGAGGUCGGAGCGGCUUCGCCCCUCUGCACAUGGCCGUAGACAAGGAAACCACGUCUGUGGGCCGCUAUCCUGUCGGCCGCUUCCCUUCCCAGGCGGUGGCGGCGCUCCUCCUAGAGUGCGGCGCAGACGUCGAUUCACGUGACUGUGAGAACAACACGCCGCUGCACAUCGCCGCUAACAACGGCUGUCCAGAGAUUAUGGCACUACUUAUGAAGGCCGGGGCUCACUUUGACGCUAAAAAUGCACAGAGGAAGACAGCCUACGAGCUGCUGGAUGAGCAGAGCAGCGGACACCCGGCCCUCUACCCACUGAACUACGUCACCCUUCAGUGCCUGGCGGCUCGUGCAAUUGAGAAGCACAGACUGCCCUAUCGGGGACUCAUCUCUGAGGAGAUGGAGGCUUUCAUUGAGCUGCACUGACUUCCACUACUGUCCCCGUGAUGAGGCACCCCUGCACUACUCUUCUUGUUGUCCCCUAUACCUGACAGUGAUCUGCCACAAACUUUCUUUUCUUCAACGCCAUUCUCCAUCAUCUUUGUCUCCUUUUGACUUCCACUUCGCUUGUAGCCCUACCAACCUUGUGUCAGACCAAACCAUAGCAAUAAACAUCCAGCCUCUGGGGCUUAAAUCUCCGGCUGAAACCUGGUCAGUUAUCGCUUGAUUCUAACAUUAAGUCAUGCAGACUUUUAAAGUGGUUGUUGGUUUAUUUAAAGCUGGGUGAAACUUCAGCUUGAUAUAGGCUUUAAUGCAUUUCUCCCCCUUUUUUUUGUCCCAGUAAAAAGGAGACUUACGGUAUGAUGGUGCUUGUGUGUAUUUGGUCAUGGCUGGACUGUAUGAAAGAUGGUUUUAAUAUUACUCCUAGGAAGCAUCUGAACAAACUAGCCAGGUUACAUGCAUGGAAAUGAAGAGUAAAUAUGGUAGCUCACUUGUUGUUUUGCAUAUUGAUUCAGAAAGGACGUGUUUGAACAAACUCAACCACCCAAACCUGCUUGUUUUUGCCUGGUUCUGUUUGUUUACACGUCUGCUAUGUGUCUUUGAUAUGCGAAGGUGUUGAAUUUACUGUGCCAAAUGUCAGCCAUGGGGACAUGUCCUGUUACAGACCGUAAACUGGUGGCGAAAUGAAAAGCAACUAACUUAUCUUUUUAAUUAUAAGCCGAAGUAAUAACCUAAAAGUGAGAGAUGAGACACACUAUUCUCCAGUCCCUGGAGAUGUUUGAUACUGUGACCGCGACAUGAUUCGACCGCCUGCAGAGCCAUCAUUUUGAAAGACUUUUAUGAGACUGAGGAUGAGUUUUAAAAAAAAGAAAAGCUGGUACCAUUGUUUGGCUAACACUCCCCGGUCUCCACAAAGACAUUUAUGACCUAUGCAGUUUGUGAUAUUCCAAUCAGAAGCAACGUUUUCUGAGCAAAAAUUCACGACAUUGUACAUGGGGACUAUACUUUCAUCUUACAUGCAUAUCUCAAACCUGGGGCUGCUUCACUGACAGUGAAUUGGCAUCUUCUGGAUUUCUGAACUGAGAAUGUUUUCUUAAAAUGUCUGCCUAUGUCCGAAUGUAUGGUUUCAAACUAGAGCCUCAAGUGUGCCUACAUCAUUCGACACCUGGGUAAUGUCAACAUCAACAGAGGUAUUUAAUUCACUGCCAGAGAAGCAAUAUAAGAAAACAGGAGUUUUUGCGAUGAUAACAGCAGAGCUUAAGCCCUCUUGUUCGUAUCCAGAGUACCUGAGAUCAUGUGUUGAUUCUGUUUUGGAGUGAAUUUUCCCUUUAACCUCAGAUGCAGCUCACAGAAAUGGAACAGAUGGCUCUCUGGCCAUUCCUGCAUCUUUAGUCUUAUUUUUAUUAGUCUCUCUUUUUGUUUAUCUCGUCAUCAUGAAUGUUUUAUUUGUCUGUCUGUGCUAAGCACCACCAAGUUGAAUGCACACUGAGGGGCU